CUUCACGUGCCUGGGAUGUGGCUGUCCCUGGGGUGGGGUCCCCCUUUGCUCAGGCCCAGAUCAUUAUCUAAUCAGCAGAGGCCCAAGGUUGAGGGCAGGAACAUUCCCAGUGUCACUUGAGGUUUCCAGAUUGGGAGAUGGGCAGCGGUCAGGUGACUCUGGUGUGGCCAAGAGGGACCCCAGCCCUGGGAGCCUGGUGCUGAGCUAGCCUGUCAAAACCCAUCAGAGUGACUUUGUGCAAUGCUGAGCCAAGUUGCUGAGCACUGUGGGGUGCUGGACAGAGUUGCUGAACAUGGAACCUGACACGUGCAUUUUCAAGUCACUGAGAGUGACUGCCACACCUGGCUGUGUAUGCAUGUGCCACAUGUGUGCACAUGGGACCAGGGUCACUGCAGCUGAUCCCUUGCUGAGGAUGAGGGGUCUGUCCACCUUGCAGCUGCUGUGAGGCUGCUGGUCCCCAGGAAGUGGUGUGGGGGAGGCGGCCGUCGUGGUUAAUGUUCCACCAGCUGCAGACUCUGCCCUCCGGGAUGCGAGGAGGACGAGACGCCCUGCCAGGCGGUUCCAAAGAAGCCAGGUCACCCAAGUCCCAGGUGUCCCCGCCCCUCUCCUCCUCUGUCUUAACCUCACCAGGGGCCUAGGUUGCUCACAGCACAGCUGGACAGCAACCCACUGGCCAUGGACACCCUGGGGACGCUGCUCCUGCUGGCUGCAAUGCUCCUGUCGCCAGCUGAGGCCCAGCAAGCCUCCGAGCGCCGUCUGAAGCCCUGGCUGGUGGGCCUGGCAGCGGUCGUGGGCUUCCUGUUCAUCGUUUUCGUCCUCAUGCUGGUCAACCGUGUCUGGUGCUCCAAAGUCAGGGCCGAGGAUGAAGAGGCCACACACAGCAUGCAGCCAAACGUGUACCAGGACGUGGACCCCAGUAAAAAAGAUAAGAUGGAGAAGAAGAAGAAAAAGAAAGGAGACGGGAAGGCUGGAGAGAGCAACCAGGGCUUGGAGCUUGAAGAGAAGGGAUCCUCAGACGAUGAGACAGCCAAGAAGACAGCCCUGUGACACUUCCUGCCGCCUGGAGAGGCUCCAUUCACACCCUUAACCAGAGCUAGCAACUGAGCCAGAGCACUGUUGCCUGGGAUCUGAUAGCAUCCCUAAAUGAGGAGGAGGCUCGUUCUGACAUCCACCCACCCAUCCAUCUGUCUGUCCAUCCAACUAUCUGUCCAUUCAUCCAUCUGCCCAUCCAUCCAUUCAUCAUCCAUCUGUCCAUUCAUCCACCCAUCCAUCCAUCCAUCCAUCCAUCCAUCCACCCACCCAUCUACUCCCCUGUCUCUUUACCCACCCAUCCAUCUACUUGUUCAUCAGUUCAUCAGGCUCCCUCUUUGGGCAUCACAUGAUCCAGUCCCUGUCUGACUCUGGUUCCUCCUGUUUCUUCGUAGCUUGGUGGACGUCUCUGCACAGGCACUGUGCACCUCCUUACUUUUCCUGUCUUUACCUGGCUACCUGAUUUGGCAGCACUUCCAGCAUCGACCGCCAGGGGGAAAAAACAGCCAAAGAACUUCCCUUAAUAAUAAAAGUCCUUAACUGCCCUCUGCAGGCAGCUCUGUCA